GGGCCCCGCGGGGCGGGGGCGGCGGGCCCGGGGGUUGCGCCGCCGCUUGUGCCGCCUCAGCUCUGGCUCGGCCUGGCAGCCCCGCGGGCAGCCCGCUGGCUUGUCUGCCGUGGCCGAGUCUCCCCGUGUCUGCUCUCCGUGCGGUCCCAGGCUCGCAGCCUCGCCCGGGGCCUGCUCCGGACUCCUGAAGCCCUUGUUGUGUCGAAUGGUGCCGUGUCCCGAAAUAAACACGCGAACGUGUAGGAUUGCCCGAGCUGGUGACCCGUAACACUGGCUUCUGGAAGCCCCUUCUUUCACAGCCAGCUCACCUAAAAGCAACCCCUCAGGAUAAUGGCCUCGAAAAGAGCAUUGGUGAUUCUGGCAAAAGGGGCAGAGGAAAUGGAAACUGUAAUCCCCACUGAUGUUAUGAGAAGAGCUGGGAUUAAGGUGACUGUUGCAGGCCUAACAGGAAAAGAACCAGUGCAGUGCAGUCGAGAUGUCUUCAUUUGUCCUGAUGCCAGUCUUGAAGAUGCCAGAAAAGAGGGGCCUUACGAUGUCGUGGUUCUGCCUGGGGGUAACCUUGGAGCUCAGAACUUGUCAGAGUCUUCUGCUGUGAAAGACAUUUUGAAGGACCAGGAAAGCAGAAAAGGCCUGAUUGCUGCUAUAUGUGCAGGUCCUACUGCCCUUCUGGCACAUGGUAUAGGGUUUGGAAGCAAAGUGACAACACAUCCUUUGGCCAAAGAGAAAAUGAUGAAUGGAGCACACUACUGCUACUCCGAGAGCCGUGUGGAGAAAGAUGGGAACAUCCUCACCAGCCGCGGCCCUGGUACCAGCUUUGAAUUUGGGUUGGCCAUUGUUGAAACGCUGAUGGGGAAGGAAGUGGCUGAACAGGUGAAGGCACCUCUGAUACUGAAAGACUGAAAUUCUGGUAUGGGCCAGGGAGUAGGACAAUUUUAGAUGGAGAGUCUUGUCCUUUGUAGAAUAACUGUAAGAUGCACUGCUGUAAAUACAAUUUAAUUGUGGGUAUAAUUAGCAACUGUACUUACCUAAACUGGGAUAUCUUACAAACCAUUGGUCUUUAUUUCCAGAAAAAGAUCCUGUUAGCAAAAAUCUUCAUCAUGAAAAAGCUGCCAGCAUCUAGUAAUCUUAGUUAGCUCUUGGAUGCCGUUUAGAAAUCACAUGGGAAAAUGUUUGCUGAGUAAAUAAAAUGAGGCAACUCUG